GUCCCCGUGGCGUUCAACGACGCUUCGUUCAGCUUCUCUGAGGAGGAGUGGAAGAGCUUGAACGAGUGGCAGAAGGAGCUUUACCGGCACAUCAUGAAAGGCAACUACGAGGCCGUCGUCUCGAUGGGUAAAGACGGGCCGGGGUUUGCCCUGAGCCUUCCGGUGCACCAGGUUUUCCCGAGGCCUGGUGGACGGAAGCGCCGCUGCGCCUGGCAGGAGCGGGGAGGGUGGACGGUGUGCCGCUUUGGGAACGCGUUCUGCCGACCCGACAGCAGCCCUGGCGAUGGGGUCGGGCCUCCUUUGGGCGGUGGACGGACGUCAGAGACGUCGUGA